CGCCCCUCAGACCAGCUCUGACGCGUGCCAGCUGUACCGAGCACCCGCUUGUGCACCUCGGCGAGCCAGCCCGCAACCCGCCCGUGUCGCUGUCGCCGUCGCCCGCGCCCUCAUCUUCAUCUCGACGCGUUCCCUCUCCACCUCGCAGCCUCGCAGCCAUGGCCACCGAGGCAGACGAGACGUCCACUCUCUACAAGAGCAUCAACGAGGAGUACAAGAUCUGGAAGAAGAACUCGCUGUUCCUGUACGACCUCGUCAUCACCCACGCCCUCGACUGGCCCUCGCUCACCUGCCAGUGGCUCCCCGACGUCGAGACGCCCGCCGACAAGGACUACACGGUCCACCGCCUCCUGCUCGCGACACAUACCUCGGGCGAGGACAACAACUACCUCCAGAUCGCAGAGGUCCACCUCCCCAAGCCCCAGGCUGGCCUCAGCCUCGACAAGUACGAUGACGAGCGCGGCGAGAUUGGCGCGCACACGGCGACCGAGCCCCGGGUCCAGAUCACCCAGUCGAUCAACCACACGGGCGAGGUCAACCGCGCGCGGUACAUGCCCCAGAACCCGGACCUGAUCGCGACCAAGACCGUCAUGGGCGAGGUCUACGUGUUCGACCGCACCAAGCACCCGUCUCAGCCGAGCGGCACCGAGUGCAAGCCCGACAUCACGCUGCGAGGACACACCAAGGAGGGAUACGGCCUGUCGUGGAACCCGCUCAAGGCCAAGGAGGGCCACGUGCUGAGUGCGUCGGAGGACACGACCGUCUGCCACUGGGACGUGCGCGGCUACACCAAGGGCAACACGUCGAUGGACCCGCUCAACGUGUACCGCGGCCACUCGGCCAUCGUCGAGGACGUCGCGUGGCACAACCUGCAGGAGGACGUCUUUGCCUCGGUCGGCGACGACCGCAUGCUGUUGCUGUGGGACACGAGGGGGCAGUCGGGCCAGAUGAAGCCGACGGCGAGGGUCCAGGCGCACGAGGCCGAGGUAAACUGCGUCGCGUUCGCGCCGCACAACGAGAACAUCCUCAUCACGGGCUCGGCCGACAAGACGGUCGCGCUGUGGGACCUGCGCAACCUCAAGCUCAAGCUGCACACGUUCGAGUCGCACCAGGAGGAGGUGCUCCAGCUCGCGUGGUCGCCGACCAACGAGACGGUGUUUGCGUCGGCGUCGGGCGACCGCCGCAUUAACCUGUGGGACGUGUCCAAGAUCGGGCUCGAGCAGACGCCCGAGGACGCCGAGGACGGCCCUCCCGAGCUCAUGUUUGUUCACGGCGGGCACACGUCGCGCCCGACCGACCUGGCGUGGAACGCCAACCAGGACUUCUGCAUGGUGAGCGUCGCCGAGGACAACGUCCUGCAGGUGUGGAGCCCGAGUGCGACGCUCGCCCAGGCCGACGUCCCGGUCGACGAGGUCGAGCUCGAGUAGAUGGCGCGCUUGUAUUACCACUUCGUCUGUCCCUCUC